AUGACUGUUUCAAGCUCAUCCGGUCCCGCAGGGGUCGCUCCGCCACAUUCCUCUGGUAUCAGGGUGAUCGUAGUUGGGCUUGGAAUUGGUGGUUUGGCCGCUGCUAUUGAGUGCCAUCGGAAAGGACAUACAGUUAGGGCUUUUGAUAAAAGACCGGUUCAUACACAGACAAAGGGGGACUUGCUUGGCCUCUCCACCAACUCGGCAAGAGUGGUCAGUAAAUGGGGCAAUGGUGCCAUUCACGAAAUACUCUACAACAUCAAAAACGGCACUGGCUCAACGCUGAUAUGUGACAAGUCUGGCAAACCAAUUGUGCCAGCUGACAUGACCGGUGUCCAGAAGAAUGAUGGGUAUUGGGUCCUGCGGUCAACAUUAGCAUCCGUUCUAUUUGAACAUGCGAAGAGCCUUGGGAUAGACUUGCACGUUGGCCCUGAGGCUGAAGUCUCAGACUACUGGGAAAGCGAAGAUGAAGCAGGAGUGAUUGUCAAUGGGAAACAGUACACUGCAGAUUGUGUGAUUUGCUGUGAUGGUAUCAACAGUAAAGGCAGGCAGUUAAUCCUGAAAGAAGACCCACCAUUUAUCCCCACUGCGGAGCAUGCUUUCAGAACCUCUUUUGCAACCAAGGAGCUAGCAAUGGAUUCUGAGGCAAAAUGGCUGCUUGAAGGCACUGAGGAAACUGACCUUGGAAAGAUUUUCAAAGGUCCAGGGUUGGAAAUUGGGUUUUCCUCCUUUGAAAAUGGCCGGGACUUUGUACUAGUGGCCAUGUACAAUGGCGAGAAUGCGAUCCAAAAGCUUGGAAAACUGCCGGACAAUCUGGAUGACGUGGGACACCUAAUGUCAGAUUGGCCAAUCCGAUCCAAGUUUGAGGCAGUGUUCAAGUAUGCACCCCAAGAGAAUACGCUUCAUCAUCCGCUGGCGAUGCGAGCACCCCUCAAGACUUGGGUCUCAUCAGGUGGGAGGAUGAUUGUGAUUGGUGAUGCUGCGCAUGCCUUACUUCCUAUCCUCGGCCAGGGAGGUAGUCAGGCUAUUGAGGAUGCAGCAGCGAUUGCAAUCACCUUGGAAUUGGCCGGCAAGUCUAAUGUGCCUCUGGCCCUGCAGAUUGCUGAGAAAAUUAGGAAACCUAGAGCUACCAUCAUCCAGCAAUCAAGCCGAGUAGUACAUGACGAAUGGUACAACCAAGAUUGGGAUGCUGUGGCAAAAGAUCCAACCUCAAUGAAAAGCUCACGCCCAGGUUGGAUCCUGAACCACAAUUGCCAGGUCCAUACCUAUGAGGAAUACGAAAGGGCGCUUCAUGCAAUCCAGACCGGGCAAGAGUAUAUUCCGCGCGAUCUGCCUAUGGAUGGCCAGUUGGGAAUCGCUGACAAAAUGACCACCUGGGAGAAAUACAAAGCCACGACAGAUGAUAAACCGUGCUUCCUGGAAAAAACCUGUCUCUGA